AUCAACUCGACACCUGUCCCCCAAAACCCUAACUCUUCCGCUAUAAUCCUUCAACACUUUGACCCACACAAACGCUGAUUCCACCCAUCUCCACCUUCGUGAGCUCCUAAAAUCAUCACUCAGAUCAAUGGCUGAUCGUCACUCCAGCCCAGCCCAAGUCCAGAGAGCCCCAAGACCCACUGACGCCGCUCCGGCCGCCACCCCUGGCGGUGUCUUCCUCCAGAAGCUCCACGAGCACGCGCCGAACUCGGCCCAGCUCCUGGGCUUCCUCAGCCUCCUCGUCUCCGGAGGCAUCUUGCUCCUCCUCACCGGUCUCACGGUGACCGGCACCGUGAUUGGCCUGAUCCUAUUCACGCCAAUCAUCAUCAUCUCAAGCCCAAUAUGGGUCCCGCUCGGCGUGGCCCUGUUCGUGACCGCCGUGGGGUUCUUGUCCGUGUGCGGGUUCAGCAUCACGACCUUGGCUGGCAUGUCGUGGCUGUACAGGUACAUCCGUGGGUUCCACCCGCCUGGGUCGGACCAGGCCGAUUAUGCGCGGAACCGGAUCUUCGACACGGCCCGCCACGUGAAGGACUAUGCCAGAGAGUAUGGUGGGUAUUUGCAUAGCAAGUUGAAAGAUGUAGCUCCCGGGGCAUGAGCAGAUGAAGAGAGAGAGAGAGGGACUUUAUAUAUUUGGAAUUUGAUGGAGCGGCGAUCUUGGAUUUUUGUUAUCGUUCAUUUCUAUCAUCACUUUGCCUUUUUCAGCUUGCUUAUGUUCGCUUUGGCUUUGAUGUUAUAUGUUUGUACGAAUUUUUGUCCUCUUCUUCAUUUUAUAUGGAAAUGCAUAAUGUUGGAUGAUGGACCCAUAAUUCGUGUAAUUGCAUGUUAGCUAAUAAUUCCGCUUUGUCCAA